AGCUUUGAGUACGAUGUACUUACAACCAACCACAGCUUUGGACUUACUUUCAGUUUCUCUUUCCUAUCUUUGCAGUAAUGCAGUUAGCUUAGUUUAGUUGUGUUAGCCGGUGUCAAGUAUGUUUUACGAAAUUUCGUGUAGUUUGUUUUCUAUUAUUAUAUCAAAACAUUUGUGUUGUAGAAAUCUGUUAUAAAUUCAAAGUGGAAGUGAAGAGUGUUUUUGUUGUGGCAUGUACAUACAUUAUAAUCUCAAAAGCUUUGUAAACCUAGGUCUAACUGAGCUGUAGACCUAAUAUUUUCAUCUAGUUAGGGACAAACUACAUAUUUUCAAAAUAUCCUAGGCUACAUUAUUAAACAACAGUUUUAAGAAGUUUUGACUCUACCAUGAAUACUUGGGGACAAUGGGGUGCUACGGCCAACGCCAGUACAACAUUCCCGGCGGCAACUUUCCCCACUCCACCUGUGCCGCCCGUUCCUCCAGCUGCGGCAGCUGCAGCUCCGGGCUUUCCUAUGGGUCAGACACCGAUUGGAUAUCCUUAUUAUGGGGCCACUGGGGCCUUGCCAGGAGCAGUACCUGCAGCGACUUAUCCUCCGCCACAGUGGCCUCUAGCAGCUACGACAGCGCAGCAACAGCAAUGGCAGCAGUGGGAGCAGUGGCAACAACAAUACGCUCAGUGGCAGGCGCAGUACGGCGACAAGUGGACCCCUGAGAUGGUAAAAAAGUUCAAGUACCAGGCGAUGAUGGCCAUGGGGGGUAUGCCUACCACUGCUGGAGUUGCUCCACUACCUGCCACAGGUUUGCCACCCAGCAGCAACCCUCCACUGCCAGGAAUCGGCGUGGACAAGAGUGGAGUAGAAACUGCAUUACCAGCACAGGAUAAAAACAACAAACGAGCCUUUGAUGCAGGCAAAGCUGAGGUGGGUGCUGCUAGUCCACUGCAGGCAACGAAGAAGGCGAAGAAAGAAAUAAAGGAAACGCUUGAAGAAAUGACAGAAGCUGAAAAAGCCUUUGAUGAACAAUUUAAGAACUGGGAAAGUCAAUUCAUGAAGUGGAAGGAGCAAAAUAUCAACCAUCCAGAUAAGGAACAAUAUAAGGAGUAUGAAGCCAAAUGGGAGAGCUGGAGAGAGCAGCUUGUGCAGAGGAGAGAGCAGAUGAGGAAAAAGAGAGAGCAGAAACUGGCUGAAGAAAGGGCUGCGCAGAUUGCUGAAGCAACAAACACUUCUUCAACCACCCAGGAACACACCAAACCGGCAACAGUAGCAACAACUGCUCCGAGUCAGCUGUUCCCUAACUAUCCACCGUUCAGCAACCCCCCACCGCCUGUGAUGCAGCCACCAGCAGGAUUCCCAGCAUUUGGGGCCGCUCAGUUUCCGGGUCAGACAACUACUUCUGCAGCUUAUCCCGCAUACGGGACGUUCCCUGGCAUUCUUGGAGUCCCACCAGUUACCGGAUUGGUUGGCUCCACACCUGACCUGGUCAACACCAGUGCAGUUCCUCCAGAUGUGACGGUUACAGAGCAUAGUACAAUCCCGAAAUUAAAUGAGCCUCCUCCAAGUUUUCAAGGAGGAUCUUCAAAAGGCAUACCUGGGCUGGAUUUAUUGAGUGGAGCAGGGGAUAAUCAAGAUACAAAGUCUGACACAAGUAAACACAGCCAUGACAAAGGCAAGAAGCCUGAUCAAGUGCCAGUUACUGAGCCAUUAAUGCACACAUCUGGUGACAAACAUCCCUUCAAUUUUCCUCCCCCGGCACAAGAUUUGAACCAAGGGCCAGGAAACUUUACUUCAGGACCACCUGGUUUUCAAGGAAACUUUCAAAGUGGACCACAAAAUAAUUUCCCAGGUGGUCCACAGAGUAAUUUUCAAGGAGGCCCAGGAGGCCCUCCUAAUAGUUUUCAAGGUGGACCUAACAAUAAUUAUGGACCGAACAACUUUGGACCACCAGGAUUCAGUGGACCCCCGCCUUUUAUGGGACAAGGACCUCCAAAUUUCCCACCUCCUGGACAAGGAAAUUUUGGAGGACAGUUUGGAAAUAGACCUCCUUUCAGUCAACCUCCAGGAAAUUUUCCUCCAAACAAUAAUUUCCCUGGCCCUGAUAACAAAAAUGAUUCAAGAAAGAAUUUCAAUUCAAAUAAUCAGCCUCUAACUGGUCUGAUGGAUGGAUUUGACCCAGAUCGUGCCCCACCUGGGUUCAAACCAGGAGAUGGCCAAUCUAAUAAAAAUGCAGACAACAGAUUCAGUAAACAAGACAAGUUUAAAGAAUGGGAAAAAUAUUAUAAUGAAGACAAUGAAUACGAAAAUGAUCCUUUUGCAGAUAAUAAUGAUGAGUUUGAUGAUAAAUAUAAUGAAGGAGAUGACAGAUUCGGUGGUCCUUCAAACAAAUCAGGACCUCCUGAUAGAUUUCAGGGUGGCCCUUACAAUUCUGGCCCACAAGGUAGAGGAAGAUAUGAUGAUGUAGGACCAAAUGCAGAUGAUCGUGGUCCAAGGGGAAUGGAUAGAUUUGAUGGUCCACAAGGCCAAGGAAGCCGUUCUGGAAAGUUUAGUAAUGAAGGACCGCCAGGUCCUGGAGGGAGAUUUGAUGGACCUCCUGGUAGAUUUGAAGGACCACCUGGCCGAUUUGAUGGACCACCUGGCAGAUUUGAUGGACCUCCUGGUAGAUUCGAUGGACCCCCUGGCAGAUUCGAUGGACCUCCUGGUAGAUUUGAUGGACCUCCUGGCAGAUUUGAUGGUCCACCAGGAAGAAAUUUUGAUGGUUCCUCUGGCAGAUUUGAUGGGCCACCAGGAAGAAACUUUGAUGGUCCACCAGGAAGAAAUUUUGAUGGUCCACAAGGUAGAAACUUUGAGGGACCUGAUAGGAAAUUGAAUGACCCACCUGGAAGAAAUUAUGAGAGACCUGCAGGCCCAGGAGGAAGGUUUGAUGGACCUCCUGGACGAUUUCAAGAUGAGUUUGAAGAUGAAAAUAGAGACAUUGAAGAUCCAUUUUCAAACUAUGGAAAUAAAUUUGGUGGUCCAGAUGAUGAAAGAGGGUCCAAAGGUAGAGAUAGAUUUGGCGGAUCUGACAACCGAGGAGGAAGAGGAGGUCGAGGUGGAAGGAGAGGAAGAGGUGGAAGAUUUGGAGAUGUUGAAGAGCCAGAGGAUCGUGACUUUAGAGGAGGGCCUGAACCUUUUGGGCGAGGAAGAGGUGGAAUGAAGGGUGAUCGGUUUGGUAGAGGAGGGAGAUUUGAUGGGCCCAGUGAUCGAGGUCCUCCCUUUAAUGAGCCAGAAUUUGAGGGACCUGGGGGAAGGCCUCCCAUGGACUUUGAUGGACCAGGUGGUAGACCUGCAGAUUUUGAUGGAAGGAGACCUCCAAAUAAAGGAUUACUUGAUACUCCAUGUGGUCCAGGAUUACUUCCAGUACCUGAAAUGGGAGGUAAACCAGAACCUUCAAUGAAAGAUUUUCCACCAGAGAGCCGACCAGGAGAUGGGAAACCGUGGAAUGAACCAACAUUUACAUCUAAAGAUGAAGGACCAGAAAAAGUGACUGAGGCUGAACAAGAUCCUAAAGGAGGACCUCCACCUUUCCCUCACGAGAUAAAGGAUCGGAUCAGUGCAGGCGUGGGACCCCCACCAGUUCAGCUUGAGUCCUUGGCCAAGUCUGACCUGCCAAGAGAUCAGCCCAGUGUUAUAGACUACGGACACAGACCUGCCCCUCUCAAAGCUAAUGCCACCGAUCUAGACAUUCCAGUAAUGAUAGAACCAAUGCACAUGUUUGACUACCAACAUGGUGCAAAUCCAGGACCACCUCCAUUUGUCAAAAAUUUCCCCAUGAGACUAGACAGGUCUGGAAGAGAUUUUAUGGAAAUUGAACGAGAGCUUGACAUGGAGCGAGACCGAGAGGAAUUAGGAACCAAAGGUCGGAACCGCAGCAGCAAGGACGACAAUUUUGGUCCAAGAGGACGGGACCGUGAUUUGAGGGACGAGAAGUCGAGAGACCAUGACAGGGGUCGUGACAGAGAUCGUGAUGACAAGGGGAGAAGUAGGGAUGACAGGCGAGAUGAUAGGGACAGAAGGGACGAUCGGGACAGGAGGGAUGAUCGAGACAGAGAUAGAGGCAGGACCUUUGAUGACAGGAGGGAUGACAGAAAUAAAGACAGAGAUGGUGACAGGAGAAGUGACAGAGGUCGCAGUGAUAGGGACAGGGAUCGUGACCGAGACAGAGAACGUGACAGAGACAGGAGGAAAGAUGAUGAGAAAUCAAGUGACAAGAGGUCGAAAGAUCAAGGAGACAGGAGAAGUACAAGAGAAAAGUAUGAUCAUCAAAGGGCAAAGGAUGACAGACCCUCAAGGGAUGAACCCCCAGCACCUUCCAGGCAACAUCAGGCUGUUUUGGUUGAAGAUUUGCUCAACAGUCCAGGCAGGGAUAAGAGGCCACCCAAGAUACUGGUUAUACUGAGAGGCCCUCCUGGCUCUGGGAAAACUUUUGUGGCAAAACUUAUCAAGGACAAGGAGGUUGAGAAUGGAGGAAAUGCUCCAAGGAUUGUGUCUCUUGAUGACUAUUUCAUUUGCGAAGUGGAGAGAGAAGAGACUGAUCCAGAGACCAAACGCAAGUUUACAACUAAGGUGAUGGAAUAUGAGUUUGAACCAGAAAUGGAAUCUCACUACAGACAGUCUUUGAUCAAAGCUGUCCGCAAGAACCUGGCUGAUGGCUACUUCCCCUUUAUGAUCUUGGACUGUAUAAACAACAGGCUCGAGCACUAUGAAGAAAUCAACACAUUUGCCAAACAGAAAGGAUUCCAGGUGUUUGUCUGUGAAAUGGACAUGGAUGUAAGUGUCUGUGCCAAACGAAACGUGCACAAACGUACAGAGAAGGAGAUCUCAGAGAUGGUGAAGAAGUGGGAACCGACUCCCGUCACUCAGACUCUACUAGAUGUGCGUUCAUUGCUGCAAUCUGCUGCCAUCACUGAGGUUGAAAUGGAGGAUGCGCCUGCAGAAGAAGAGAAGACAGAAGGGGAGAAGGUAGGAGGGGACGAAGAACAAGAAAAAGGUGAAAAGAAAGAUGAAGGCAAAGAAUUAGAAGAAGUGGAGGAGGUGAGUAAACCAAAAGAAGAACCCUCACCAGAAGAGAAAGCUGAACCAGAUAAUAAACCGAAAGAAGAAACUCCGCUCCCGCAAGAAAAUAAACCCGCCGAGACUAAACCAACAGAGACCGUACCUAUCAAAGCUGAGCCGCAAAAGCCAAAUGUACCUCCACCAAGGGAGAAUCAACCCCCAAACAGAGAAAAUCGUGGUGGUCGAGGGGGAGGAUACCGUGGUGGAGGCAAUCGUGGUGGUCCUCGCGGUGGCCGUGGCGGUUAUGGAGGUGGCUACGGUGGUGGUAAUCGUGAUUAUAAUAGUAUGAACCCGUACACCCGCUUCUUAAUGCAAGGUCGUGGUGGUCGUGGAGGAUAUUAUUGAACCAUCAUUUGUGUUUUACAUAGAAGCAAAUUAUUGCUUAUAAGUGUUUUAAAUGUUAACUUCUGUAGAAUGUAGAAAAUAUUUUAUUUCAGUUUACAGUACCCUUAGCUUUUUACAAGUUCAAGGUCAGCUGUUUUGAAAGUUAGAUAUUAAUAUUAUCUAGUUUCUUACAACUAGCUGACUUUAAUUUUUCACGUCACCCAUGUUAGUGCAAUGGACACUAUUUCCAACACCUUCAGGCCAUUAAUAUAACACUAGUGGAUAUUACUCAAUAUUUUUAUAGAUUUUAAGAUCUCGUCAUUUGAUUUUGUUCCGACUAUGUUGGCAUUGAUAGAAUGGUGCGAUACUAAUUUAAAUAACAUUUUUUGGUUCUGCUCCAAACAAUUGUGUGUUACUUCUCAGUUUUGUAAGAGGAUAAAAUUAGUUAUACAUAAUUUUUAUAUUAAUAAUUAUCAAUUAAUGCAUUCGAGGAAUGGUGUUUCGUUGAUCUUUGCAUUGGCUAAUCAGUGCUAUUUACUUGUCUUUUGUGACUUGUGUGUAGGUAAUGUUAAUUUUUUUGAUGUGUUUCAAUAAGAUAAAUCAACAGAAAAAUAAUAUUUUUAAUGUUUGAAUAAAAAAUUAUAUGUCGGUAAAAUAUGUAAAUCGUUUUAUUUUCUAAAAAAGGAAGAAGAAAAAUAGUUCUAUGUUUUGGUGUUGAUCAUUAUUAUACUUUCACUCUGUUUUAAUGACAGUUUGAAUUGUAAUUUAAUAACAUUUGAUGGAGAAAACAUUAACGCCAAAUGUAUAUAUAUAUAUAUAUAUAUUAGAUGAAAUAUUUGGGUUUUAAUGAAAUAUAAUUCAAAGAGAAACUGAUUUAGAGGUAAUGAUGAUAGGAACUCACAUAAAAAGUAUUAGAUUCCUAUCAUAAUUUACCUUUUUGAAUCAAUAUAUCUCAAAUUACAUUCAAAAUAGAACAUAAACGGUGAGAACAUUCAAAAUAUUUUAUCGAUAGCGUUGGUUUUCGUAUUUUUGGUUUGUGAUGUUAGACGUCUACAUUCAUUCUAUCUAGUCAACAUUAAAUUUUGAAAUGGUGCGGAAACAAACAUCCUAAUUUGUUGAAGGAGAUUUUAUUAUUUUCCAGCAUUUCAAUAAUUUCUCCUGUUGAUUCCGUAGCAUUUUUCAAUAGGGUUUUAAUAUUUUGUUUUUACAGAAGAUUUCUUUAUAAUUAUAAUUGUUGUGUUUUCAAUAAGUGAGAGUUGUUGUACAAAACAUUGAUAAUGUUGCAGUACAGUGGUUUUGUGUUCGCUAAUGUAAAGAAAUCGGCAGAAGAUUUAUUAGUGAUUUUACAGUUACAUAUGAAUUGCAUUUUUGCUUUGGAUUGUAGAAAUGGACUUGAAUUUUAUUGUUUUCAGCUGAGAUUCAACUUGUAGUUAGAUUUUAUUUAGUAAAACAAUUGUCUAGUUCUUGUCCAUGUGUAAUAAAAAAAUGAAGCCUGCA